AGCAUUUUUGAGAACCGCUUAUUUUGCUCUUUUCAGAACAGAAGAUUUCAUGAAGUCUCCUUUAUCUACAGUUCGAACCAUUUGUAAAUUACAAAGCCUCAAUUUGGCAUCUGAAAUCGAACUCAUUAUUGCUGCCUUCAAGUGGGCAGAACAUCAAAAUACAAGCAGCAGAAGAGCUGCCAUUGAACCAGUGCUCAAGUGUCUUAGGUUCCUGAUAUUGGAAGCCAAAGAUUUCAGCAACUUAUUGAACCAGUAUCCAGACAUAUUUACAUCACAUGAAGCUUUGCAAAUCAUGAUGUAUCUUAGUAAUCCUGGUAAAGGUAUAGAUAAGCUUCCAUCUUGGUGUAACAAAGGAACUAACCGUUGUUCAUAUGUGAAACCACCAGUGCCUUUAGUCGGUCCAUUUGAUACAAAAAUACCAUCUGGGAAGAAGAAACUUGAAAUUGCACUGAGACCUUUUUAUUCGCAGAACUUCUUAUCUAGUCUAAACUGUAACUUAGAGAUUAAAUGCAAAAGUGGAAAGUUUCAGAUUAUUGGACUGAAAUUGCUUUUUCAAGAGCCUAUAACGAAGCGGAGUCAUAUCGAUACUUUGACAAUCACGGUUGUAGUUAAACCAACCAAUUUCCGGUAUAAAGAAAUAUUAAAAAUCACAGACUCCAAAGAAGUCGAGUUUACUUUUCAGAAAGGGAUACUAUUCUCUCAAGGUCAAGUGGCAUCUAUUCAAGCUUCAGCAGAGAAUGCAGAAUUUUAUAACUUUCUUCAGUUCGAUGAAGGAAACUUACCGCAGGUUGACCCACGAUUUACAUGUUCUUUAGGAAGUAGCGCUAAGGAUAGUAAACUGUUUUUUAUUUAUGAAGUUUUUUAUGUUGAACAUCCUUUUAGAAGGCCUCCUAGCAGACGAACCAAUUGGUAAAUUAUAUAUUUUUUUUCUCCUACAUAACAUGUAAUAUGCAGUAAAUAUUCCAAACAUAUACAUUCUAAAUUUUGAUUUCAUAGGCAAUAAAAUGUAUGUGAUGAAGGAUAUACUGGAAAAUAUGUAUAGGUCCAUACCUGGAAAAUAUGUUUUAAUAACUUAUUACAGACUUUAAAUUUGUCUUUAUUCUUUUUCGUUCCGUAUUUUUCUAAUGUUUUUAAAAAGUUUUCUUUUUCUAUGGCUAAGAUUUCAAUAAUUCAUGGUACAACACUUGUUUGUAAUACAUCUACAUGAAUUAAAGCUAAAUAAAUAUGUAUUAUUUUGGA